UUUCUUCCCAAAGAAAUAUUCCAUCAUCAUCUCUUUCCUUUUUUCUCUUAAAAAAAAACAAAAACUUUACUCCAUUCAACAGUACCUUCUAUCAGUUUGGACACUGCCUUCCGGCUAUGUGAAUGAACAGCGAAUUACAAAACGCUCCGUUGCGUGUUUUCCUGCUUCUUUCUAUUUAAUUAAGCCACUGACUUCAUAAAUUUGUUAUCCAGAGGUUUACUGGUAUAACUUUGUUAUCCUUCCUGCUGUGUUGAUUAUUAAUGACAGUUGGCUUUCGUCUUCCAGACUGCCGCCAUAUUUCAAAACUUCAAAUCCUCGCCCCAGCUUUUCCAAUUUUCAACUUCACUCCUUGUAUUCCCCAUUAUUCACACCAAAAGCCUGCGAAGUGCAAACCCUUCGUCAUUUUCAUGGCUCAUAUUACGCGUUACACUAGAACAGUCACUCUCUCUUACACUACCUCACUCGCUAAUCACCUUAAGAACCAAAGACUGGACCAAGCUCGCCUCAUUUUUGAUAAAAUCCCAUCUCCAAAUCUUCAUCUGUACACCAAGAUGAUUGCUGGGUAUACGAGAAAUGACAGGCUAUGUGAUGCUUUGAAACUGUUUGAUAGGAUGUCUGUCAGAGAUGUGGUUUCUUGGAAUUCGAUGAUAAAAGGGUGUUUAGAUUGUGGGAAUUUAGGUAUGGCCACAAGGUUAUUUGAUGAAAUGCCUGAGAAGAAUGUUAUCUCUUGGACGACGAUGGUAAAUGGCUACUUGAAGUUUGGGAGAGUCGAGCUUGCCCAGAGGUUGUUUCUGGAUAUGCAAGUAAAGGAUGUUGCGGCGUGGAAUGCUAUGGUUCAUGGGUAUUUUGAGAAUGGGAGAGUUGAAGAGGGUGUCAGGUUGUUUGAAGAAAUGCCUGUUAGAGAUGUCAUUUCAUGGACUUCGAUGAUUGGAGGGCUUGACCUAAAUGGGAAGAGUGAAGAAGCCUUGUUUAUUUUUAAGAAGAUGUUGCGUUCUGGUGUUCAGCCAACUUGGAGCACGUUUGCUUGUGUGUUGUCAGCUUGUGCCAAUGCAGUGGAGUUUAAUUUGGGUGUUCAAGUUCAUGGUCAUGUUGUUAAGUUAGGAUGUUUUAUUCAUGAGUUUAUAUCAGUAUCACUUAUAACGUUUUAUGCAAAUUUCAUGAAAAUAGAGCAUGCUCACAAGAUUUUUAAUGAGACACUGACUAAAAAUGUUGUAAAAUGGACGGCUCUUUUGACGGGAUAUGUAUGGAAUAAUAAGCAUCAGGAUGCAUUGAGGGUUUUUGGUGACAUGACUAAGAUGGGUGUUCUUCCAAAUCAAUCUACUUUCUCUAUUACUUUGAAUGCAUGUUGUGGAUUAGAGGCUCUUGAUAAGGGUAAAGAGAUCCACACUAUGGCUAUUAAACUAGGGUUGGAAACUGAUGUCUUCGUUGGUAAUUCUCUUGUAGUCAUGUACACAGAGUGUGGAAAUGUAAAUUCUGCUGUUGCUGUCUUUAGGAACAUUAAUGAGAAGGAUAUUGUCUCGUGGAACUCAAUUAUUGUUGGAAGCGCACAGCAUGGUUUUGGCAUGUGGGCGUUGAUUUUCUUUAACCAAAUGAUACGUAGAGGGGUAGAUCCAAAUGAGAUCACAUUCACCGGUUUGCUUUCUGCUUGUAGCCGUUCUGGGAUGUUACUGAAGGGGAGGUGCUUUUUUGAGUAUAUCAGUCGAUAUAAAUCCAGUGUAUUGAGGCUUCAGCACUAUGCUUGUAUGGUGGACAUCUUGGGAAGAUGUGGGAAGUUGGAUGAAGCAGAGGAGUUGGUUAGAUAUAUGCCCGUGAAAGCGAAUUCAAUGAUAUGGCUUGCUUUGCUAAGUGCUUGUAGGGUGCAUUCUAAUUUGGAGGUUGCUGAAAGAGCUGCAAAACACAUUCUUGAUCUAGAGCCAAAUUGUACUUCUGCCUAUGUCUUGUUGUCUAAUAUAUAUGCAUCUGCUGAUAGAUGGGCUGAUGUCUCUAGAAUGAGAGUGAAGAUGAAACAGGGAGGACUUGUGAAACAACCAGGAUCCAGUUGGGUAGUUUUGAGGGGAAAGAAACAUGAGUUUCUUUCUGCAGAUAGAUCCCAUCCUCUAAGUGAGAGAAUAUAUGAAAAGCUGGACUGGUUGGGAAAAAAGUUGAAGGAAUUUGGUUAUGUUCCUGAUCAAAAAUUUGCUCUACAUGAUGUUGAGGAUGAGCAGAAGGAAGAGAUGUUGUCUUUUCACAGUGAGAGGCUUGCUAUUGCGUUUGGGCUAGUUAGCACUGUGGAGGGUAGCACAAUAAUAGUCAUGAAGAAUCUUCGUGUAUGUGGGGAUUGUCACUCUGUUAUUAAGCUUAUGUCAAAGAUUGUAGGACGCAAGAUUGUUGUCAGAGAUUCUGGCCGCUUUCACCACUUCAAGAAUGGCAUUUGUUCUUGCAGUGAUUAUUGGUAGCACUAUUGCGGUUUUUUCCUUGUUAAAACUGCUGGAUCAAUGUGCUGAUUUGGGAUGCCUAUAGGCACAUUAAAGCGUCUUUAUGAUGACCAAAACAAAUAUUUUGAAGAAGAAGAGAAUAGAAUUACGCAGAUAAAUUUUGAGUUUAAAUAGAACUAUGGUUGUGGCUUAAAUGAUGAUUCUGAAGUAGGACGAGGGAUUUGUGAUUUUGCAGAUAAACUUCUCAUGUCUGAUAAUUUGAAUGAAUGAAAGAACAUAGACUAAUGAAAGGAAGGAAGAGAAACAAUAAAAAACAAUACAUGAUGAAAAUAAAGGUAAGUCAAAGCUAAGGAGUUCGUAGGCUGGGGAUCAAAACCUUUGUCUGAGUUCCUGACAUCCAUUGGAAAGGAACAACCAAAGAAUUGUCUUAACUUGAUGUUAGUAUCAUUUCUGGGUAUUGCAGUGAUAACAACCUUUUUGACCCAGUGAAGAAAAGGAAAAGCUACAACCAUGUCUGGAAGGAGAUGUGUGAAUAAAUUGUUUUGUGGAUAACAUGGGACGGUAAGAGGAUGUUUUUGGAAGCUUUGAUAAAGCUCAUAAUGUGAGGGUGGGACUUGUUGUUAGGUAAAAGGCAGUGAAACUGAAGCCUUGCUGGAAACAGAGCAGGUUGUUCCAGAUAGGCACAAAGCUGUAUUGCAUCUGUCAUGGCUAACAAGCUUGUCUACCCGAGGAGUAGUUUGCUGGAGGAGCUGUCAAAGCAUUCAGAGACUUUGAUUUUAACAUAAUGGGUAGUUUCAUGAAGGUUAACGCUCAUCCAUAUGAUUGUUUGCUGAAGAACUCUCAUCAGCUCUCGCAAGUGACAGGGUGUUGCAAGAUGGAGGAAAGGAAGAUGGAGAAGAAAGGAGGCAAUUGGGGUUUGAAGCUUAAGUUGGAAUAUGCAAUUGUGCUGUGUUUUAGAAAUGUGGCUGCUGCAACAACUGCAUUGUAUUUCCUUGGAAAUGCAAGGGCAAAGCUCAAAUAAAAGUCGAGGAGAUGGUUACUGGGCAAUAGGAAUGGGUGUGGUCUGUUUUUUCUCUGUUGUUUUAGCUGUCAGGAAAAUCUACAAGAAAUUAAUCAAAUGGUAGUGUUUAGGUUGUGGUUGCAAUCUCAGUUGCUUGAGGAAUUGUGGAGGAGAGAAAUUAAAAUCAAUACAAUUCACUUCGUACAGAGAUAA